GAAUGUUUGUGCAUAAACAAGGAAAAAACACAGGAAGGAUUGUAAUCACUUGCUUGUUAACUGAUUAAAUUGUCCCAAAUGGAUGAAUUUUGUGGCCAAAAUAAGCAGUACAUUCCUAUUUUUACAUAUUUGAUUGCAGGUUGUUUGCUAAUGAAAGAUUCUUUAUCUCAGCUUUAAUGCCCUAUUUUCUUAAUGCUCUUUUCUCUAUAGAUAUGUGUCUCUAAGCUCAAUGGUGCUCGUCCCAUAGCCUGGAGAUGUUAGCCGUCCAACACUGGAACAGUUCAGCCCUGGAUGUGGAUGAAAGGUUCAGCAAUCAGACCCAGCAGGUGCCUGGAAUGGCACUGGUGCCCUAUAGGGAAAACCAGAACACCACAACCAACCCCACGGCAGCGGGCCUGUCCAUGACCCUGGGGAUCAUUUCCAACAUCAUAGCACUGAUCAUCCUGGCUAAAGCCUAUGCUCGCCUCCGGAAGCGCUCGAAAGCCACGUUCCUGCUGUUCGCCAGUUCUCUGGUGGCUACGGACCUCGCUGGUCAUGGUAUUGCAGGUGCUCUGGUUCUGCGGCUCUACAUUUCUGGCACCACCGGAGGACUUAAUAGCCAAUCCGACGCCACCUGCCAAUUCCUGGGUGGGAGCAUGGUGUUCUUCGGCCUGUGCCCGCUGUUUCUCGGAUGCAUCAUGGCGGCAGAGCGGUGCAUGGGCGUGACGCGGCCCCUCCUGCACGCCCGUAUGAUUUGCACGGUCCACACCAAGAUAGUGCUGGUGAUGAUAUGGCUGUUGGCUUUAUCUGUAGCACUGCUGCCCUUCUUUCACCUGGGCACAUACACCUACCAGUCCCCAGGGACCUGGUGCUUCAUUAAUGUGUUGGACAAUACCAGCAUCACAGACGUGAUAUUUGUGCUGCUGUUUUCCGGACUGGGACUGGCCGCACUGGCCGUGGCAUUGGUCUGCAACACCAUCAGCGGGGUGACGCUGGUGAUCGCCCGUCUGCGCAAGAACAAGUGCCCCCGAAGAUCCGCUAAAUCACAUGACAUUGAGAUGGUGGCACAGCUGCUGGGCAUUAUGAUCGCUUCUUGCAUCUGCUGGAGCCCUCUGCUGAUCUUCGGUCUGAUUUCUGUCAUCCGCUCGUACAGCGGCCCUAUGGGGGAUGAUUUGGAAACCUACAGGACUUUAAUGGUCACGGGAGUUCGUCUGGCCUCCUGGAACCAGAUUCUGGACCCCUGGGUCUAUAUCCUUCUACGCCGGGCCGUCCUCAAAAAGAUUUACCGCAUAACCACCGGCCGCAGUGACCUUAAAGGGAGUACAUUCCGGCGGUGGGAGAUCAGCUCCUUCCAGAACUCCAUGAAGAGUGUAAUUAAUCGGAGCUAAUGGAGGGAUUCCAGAAUAUGAGUUCUACCAUGUGGAAGAGACUGGGAAAAAAUAGGAUGUUAUUAACCAUCCUAUUUGGCAGCAUUACUGAAGGCAGAUGUUAGUUCCUAUUGCUUGAAUGGUGGAUGAAGCAGCAUCAUACUGGAAGUUGUAAUGCAAGUGAUGCCCUGGAACUGCAGUGACUUCACUAAGCGUUAGAACUGAGCACAGUGGGCUCUGGAAGUUAAAAUCCCAUUCAUUUUCUCCAUUGUAUACAAUGUAUACAUGUUUCAAGACAUACCUUCCAUUUUUGACAUUUAAUUGCCAAAUUUGUGGUUUUCGUUUAUAAAUUCCUGUUUCCAUGCAAUAAAUAUGUAUAAAAAUAUGUAUUUGAAUAACUUUAUAUAUAGCAUGAAUGAGUAACUCAUUGCGUUAUUAAAUAAUUUAAGUACACAGUCUUAUACCUUUGUUUCAAAAUUUCAAAUACUGUUUUGCCUCAGUUUGUAUUGUUGAUUGAAAUUGAAAAACUCUAUUGAAGAAUUUUCUAGAAUGCCUAUGGAGAAAAUGAAUGGGAAGAUAGUUCUGGAACCAAGGCUGCUGAAAAUGUUGGCAGUCACUGUUUCACUCUGUAGAGUGAGUCUGAUAAAUGACAAUGUGAAAUGGACUGCAAACAUGCCCUCCGCGUGCCACCUCAAUUAUUGUUUUUUAUUAGUUCCCAUGUAAACUACAAGCAAAGGAAAUAUAAAAAGGACUCAGAGGAGUCACAGGAGCAAAGAAAAUAAAUGUUGUUUGGGUCUGGGAUUUAAUAAGCUAGUUCUCUUUUGGUGAUUCAUCAUAGGAUUCAUUGUAAAAUUAUGCUUAUAGUGAAUUCAUCACAAUGUCUUCGAACAUGAAGCUUUGUUUGGCUUCAGAGCCAUUGCAGAGGAUUCUCUAUAACCCAUAUACAGUAUUGCAUACCGUAUAUAAAAGUCAAAUAAUGAAGAAAUAGUGUAAAUAUAUCACUUCAACCUAAAGGCAGGACUUUUACAUGUGCAUGACAGUUUCAGUGUUCUCGUAUCUGUAUAUUUGUGUCUUGCCCUGUUAUUUGUGAUCUUGAAAAGCUAUGGAAUAUUAUUUUGACCAAUAAAGGUUCACUUCUGGAAGAAUCUA